UCCAACGGUCCACGAAUGACGUGGUGGACCAGGUUCAAUAGUUCUCCCGCCACCUAUAAUCAUUAUGUCCGCGCCGUCCUCUAUGAUUAUAAUACGGGAGGUGUCCGUUACUUCCACGCCACACCCAAUCCAUUUUUCCCCAAAAUGCCCUCAACAUCCAAAAAUCCCCUCUCUAUCCUCUCCUGCCUCGUCGUCGUCGCCGUCCUCCUCCUCCCCUCUCCCUCCCAUGGCCGUAAAACCCUAGGGCGCCGUAUCCCCACCUCCCUCUACGACGGCUCCCCCGUCUUCCUCUGGCCACUCCCCAGGUACCUCACCAAUGGGAACCAAACCCUCUCCGUCGACCCCAAUCUCGCCCUCGCUGUCGAUGGCCCCGGGGGGAGCUCCUCCAUCGUCUCCGACGCGUUCGAGAGGUACCGGGACCUCAUCUUCAAUCCCUGGGCCAGAUCCGGGUCGCGCGACUCCGCCGCGUACGAUGUCUCCAAGCUGACGAUCUCCGUUGCUUCGGACAAUGAGACGCUGCAAUUAGGUGUGGACGAGAGCUAUGCGCUUUACGUGGGCGGCGGAGCGAGUCUCUCGAUCGUUGGUGGAGCAACAAUUGAGGCUAAUACUGUAUAUGGGGCUAUUCGCGGAUUAGAGACAUUCAGCCAAUUAUGUAUAUUUAACUAUGACACUAAAAAUGUUGAAGUAUACAAUGCACCGUGGUAUAUUCAAGACGAACCGCGCUUUGCCUUUCGUGGGUUGCUUCUUGAUACCUCACGGCAUUUCCUGCCAGUAAAUGUGAUCAAGCAAGUGAUUGAUUCUAUGUCUUAUGCUAAACUUAAUGUGCUUCAUUGGCAUAUCAUAGAUGAACAAUCCUUUCCUCUGGAAGUACCGUCUUAUCCAGAUCUGUGGAAAGGUUCAUACACAAAAUGGGAACGAUACACAAUCGAAGAUGCUUAUGAAGUUGUUGACUUUGCUAAGAAGAGAGGCAUUAACAUUAUGGCAGAAAUUGACAUCCCUGGUCAUGCAGAAUCAUGGGGAAGUGGUUAUCCUGAUCUCUGGCCUUCUCCCAAUUGUACAGAGCCGUUAGAUGUCACAAAAAAUUUCACAUUCGAAGUGAUUUCUGGAAUUCUGUCUGAUAUGAGAAAAAUAUUUCCUUUUGGUUUGUUUCACUUGGGCGGGGAUGAAGUUAAUACAGAAUGCUGGAAUUCGACAGCCCAUGUGAAGCAAUGGCUUCAGGAGCGAAACAUGACUACAAAGGAUGCAUAUCAGUACUUCGUAUUGAGGGCUCAAGGGUUGGCAAUCCAGCUUAACUGGAUUCCUGUAAACUGGGAAGAAACCUUUAACACAUUCAGCGCAAACCUCAAUCCUUUAACAGUUGUGCAUAACUGGUUGGGUCCUGGAGUUUGCCCUAAAGCUGUGGCGAGGGGUUUUAGAUGUAUUGUAAGCAAUCAGGGCGUAUGGUAUCUCGAUCAUCUAGAUGUUCCUUGGGAAGAAUUCUAUAAAAGCGAACCACUCGAAGGAAUAAAUAGUACCAUGCAGCAAAAGCUGGUGCUUGGUGGUGAGGUUUGCAUGUGGGCUGAGACGGCCGAUACGUCGGAUGUUCAACAAACAAUAUGGCCUCGUGCUGCGGCUGCUGCAGAGCGGUUGUGGAGUCCGCUGGAGGCUACUUCUGUUGGGAACCUGAACUUAACGGUGCUACCGCGACUACAUUACUUCAGAUGUUUACUGAACCAUCGCGGAGUCGCAGCUGCUCCCGUCUCAAAUCUCUAUGCACGCAGUCCCCCGACUGGUCCCGGUUCAUGCUUUGCUCAGUGAUGGAUGUUUUCUAUAUUUAUAGUCGCAUGGUGGUCUCUGAUUGGUCCUGGCUCGAUUCUAUGCGAGACUCUGUAUCAUUCCAUUCUUCCUGCUGUUACAAAAUAAUGAUUAUAACUCAUCGUAUUGGUGUGUGUAAUUCAGUGCAUCGGUUCUCUGUUCUUAACGUACAGUUUCUUAAUAAAUUAUUUAUUACUCUGUUUCUGUUUCAAA